AUGACCGACACCAACGUCCCGGCAGUUGAGAAAGUCUCUGGUCUUGGCCCAGAUGAUUCCAAGCCGCGGGUUGGAGCUUCUCCUCCAGAAGGACAGCCAUUUCUCGCCGUCUGCCCUCCCGCACCAGCUCACAGGAAUGAGAAAGACGAGGUCGGGCUCACGGACAAGCCGGGUGACAAGCCGGCCGAAAGAUUGGUUCAGCCAGCUGGAGAGAACAAGAUAAACGGUGACACCGGCCAUAGUUCUACCCUGCCCAAGCCUGUCGAGGUCAUGUCUGUUCCAGAGACGCCUGUUAAUGGAUCGACACCUGCUGGAGGAACGCCCCGACCAGAGCUCACCAUCUCGGAGGACCCUGCUCCGUCAGCACCUGAACCUCCUAGUGAGCCGAUUAUCGAACCCGUCGAGCUGACAGGAGCUGAGAAACCAAAGCCCACCCCUCCGACUUCUGUGCCCGACGAGAAGCAUACUUCCUCUUCUUCAGAUGCGCCUGCACCUCGUGAAGAGCCGGUGCAACAGUCAUCCGUCGCCAAGGCUCCCGAGCCGCCCAUGAACGAUUCUCCUGCCAGUGGAGCCAUGGACGUCGACAAGCAUGAGGAGAAGCAGCCCGCACCAGUGACGCACACUGGUCCCGAAUCAGAGCCUGUUCCUGCCCCAGCCCCUGCCCCAGCGGAAAUUCCAGACGCGCCCCCCAUCACCACUGCCGAGCCCAACGACAACGCUGUCGGCGAGAAACGCAAGCUUGACAAUGACGUUCCGCCUGUCGAUGGCUCAUCCGCGACAGACAAAGAUCCCGCUGCUUCGGAUCCUCUUCCACUGGACAAGAAGCCCAAGCUCGAUGGAAGCGCAGCCGCCAACGGACAGGCGGCUAAAGCGGCCGCAACUUCAGACCCUGCUUCUAAUGCGGACCCAGCCUCUGACCCAGCACCGGCGGAAACCGCCAAAGAACCUCCCCAAACAUCCCCCAAAAACGGUAAACCCAAGAAGGAAAAGAAGCUCCCGCCAGUGGGCAGAACGGCGCGCAAAACCAGGAGCCAGGGCCCGGCGGACGCUUGA